CCUAAAAGGGUUUUAUUAGUUCAAUUUAUUAAAAAAAAAAUCGUGCCCAAAAAGCGAAGUUAGAGAAAUCAUAAAAAUGAAUAGGAAUACAAUGGUGCUUAGUACCUUAUAUAGAAUUAGCAGAAGAAACAGAUGGUUCAGUAGUAAAUUAGAGGAAAGUGAAAAUGAACCUAUCAAGUUUUCAAGUAGUCCAGCUGCACGGAAAACUGUAAUACCAGUUAUUAGGAAACCAACUCCAAAUGAUAUGCCAUGGUAUCAGCCAUACUCUGUUGUAGCCAGUGUAGCAGUAUUCUUAAUAUAUUUUUGUGUCUUUAGAGAAGAAAAUGACAUUGAUAGUGAAUUUGAUAAAACUUUAUAUGAGAGAAUUAGAGGUUUAGAAAAAGAACAACUUAUACAAUCAUAUAAGUUCAAUAAAGAACAUGGAAGAAGUGUAGAAGCCAUAGAACAGAGACUUAAAGAUUUGGAAGUAGAAGAAAAAUUAGUUUCUUAAGGUUAAAUUAUUAGUAUAUAUUAUUGGUGUGUCUAUUACAUAUUUAUAAUAAAAUAGUAAUUUGACUAAAUGAUUUCAUUACCAAUUAUAAGGUUUAAUUUAUAUCCUAGAGCUGAA